AUCCGUGGGUUCUCUCCGCGCGAAAGCGCAUUUCCCCGAGUCCGGGCAGCUGGUGUCCGAGCGGCAGCUGUUGGCCGAGCCAGUGCUGGGCAGAGGGCCCCGCCUGGGGCAGAGGCUUGUUUGCGGAUCGCGGCGGGAAAGAGGAGCGGCAUCAGAAAGAAGCAAUGCAGAAAUCAGAGUGUCCUGGAGGCGUGCAGUUGCGAAACAGAGUAACAGGUAACUAUGAUCAAAGGAUGUCGUCAAGUGUACAGAUAAAACACAGAACGACGGUUCAGCAAAGCAAAUCCUCACCGUCAACCAGUUCUCCAGAGUCUCUAAGAAAACUUCAUCCUCGACCAAGUGAUAAACUUAACCCUAAAACCAUUAACCCGUUUGGGGAACAGCCACGAGCCCCAUCUGCUUUUGCAGCUAUUUACUCUAAAGGAGGUAUUCCUUGCAGAUUGAUGCAUGGUUCGGUAAAACACAGAUUACAGUGGGAAUGUCCUCCGGAAAAUCUGCCAUUCGAUCCUCUUCUUAUUACUUUAGCUGAGGGCCUGAGAGAGACUAAGCAUCCAUACACCUUCGUGUCAAAGGAGGGUUUUCGAGAGUUACUUUUGGUCAAAGGUGCUCCUGAAAAAGCUGUGCCUUUGCUCCCUAGGCUGAUUCCUGUGCUAAAGGCAGCUCUGGUCCAUUCAGAUGAUGACGUGUUUGAAAGAGGACUGAAUGCUUUGGUGCAGUUGAGUGUUGUUGUUGGCCCUUCUCUAAAUGACCAUAUGAAACAUCUGCUUACGAGUCUUUCCAAGAGACUAAUGGACAAGAAGUUCAAAGAGCCGAUCACCAGUGCGUUGCAAAAGCUAGAGCAGCACGGAGGCAGUGGAAGCCUCCUCGUCAUCAAAGCUAAAAUCCCAACGUACUGCUCUAUCUGCUGUUGAGUAAGGGAGCCAGCAAAAAGCAUCUUUACUAUGUGGUGAUGGGUAUUAAAGACUGACUGUGGGUGCCUGUGGGAACUGUCAGAUUCAUUUCAGUUUAUUUCUUUGUAAAUCACAGCCCCAGUUCAUCAUUUACUAGAUUAAAAUGAGUAUACACAGCCCCACUGAAUCAUAAUAAAAGUUAUUCAUCAUUAAGAAAGAACGGUUAAUGCUGGAAAGCUAUUAAAAGAAGUUCUAUAAUAGUACAGUUUUGUGGGCUUAGUUUUCGUAUUUUUACGUUUGUGUGAAGAACCAUUAUGGGUUUACAAGAUCAAGUACAUUUGUAUUUCCUAGUGCCUUUUAUUUAUAGCAUCCCUUUGCAAUAAAUUUUUUACUAUACUUACUUUUAUAAAUAUUUUGCCAUUAUUUGUCAGUUUGGUAUUUAUCAAGGCUAUAAAAAUUUAAAGUAUUGUACAAACAUUUGUGAAUUCACUGUCAUUCUUUAUAAAUAUCUAUUUUAUAAUGUAGAAUGCAUGGAAAAAUUUUAUUCCAUAGUAUUAUAGUUUAAGAAGUCUUUCUAAAUAUGUAAAUUCUCUUAUGAAUAUGUUGUUUAUUACAACUCAUUAAAACUACCUAAACU